UUCGGAUGGACAGUCUUAAUCCAACUUCCGACUCUGGUGGUGUGUCAUUUUAGGAUUAGUUUCUUCUGUAGCACGGACUGUAUCUUAAGUUAGUUGUGACGAUAAUCUAUCUCAUCGUAGCGUUACCUGUUUUUCAAACUUGCUCCUCGAGGGGACACAAAGAGAAAGUCACGAAGUGUACGAGGGAUACUUACUUGCAUAUCCGAGAAGUUUCGUACAUUUAUCUUUAUUUGAUUGCAUCGGUGCAGCGCUACUUCCAGUGGAGAUAGAAAGCCGAUCGACGCCUGCCGAAUCCUGUUUCAUAUUGCAAGAAAUUUUUCGUAGUAAACAUGCCAAGUAGCAAGACUAGAAUCGCUAUAAUCGGCGGUGGAGUUGCCGGAUUGGUGGUAGCUCGCCACACAGUUACCAAGUUGGACACUUACAGUCUCACUUUAUUUGAGCAAACUGAUCAAAUCGGUGGAACAUGGGUAUACACCGACGAAAUCGACGUUGACAAACACGGAUUGCCAAUUCAUAGUAGCAUGUAUAAAAACCUGAGAACAAACCUUCCGCGUGAAAUAAUGCAGAUACCCGAUUUUCCAAUGAAGUAUCAGGAAGGUUCGUCGUUCGUUCAUCAUUCUGUGAUUCGAGAGUACCUGGGCGAUUAUGCGAAACACUUUAAUCUGCAUCCUUACAUAAAGUUGAAUACCCUUGUGAAACACGUGAAGCCAGGAACCCAGCGAAACGGGCAAACGAUAUGGAUGAUCACUUACAAGGAUUUGCUGACGAAUGUGGAGACCACGAAAACAUUUGAUGCCGUGGUCGUGUGCAAUGGUCAUUACACAGUGGGUUACAUCCCGCGUAUCCCAGGCAUCGAAACGUUUCCCGGAGGGCAAAUACACAGCCACCAGUAUAGAUUACCGGAACUAUACGCCAGGAAAACUGUUUGCAUCCUCGGCGCGUCUUGGUCUGGCAUCGACAUUGCCAUGGAAGUCUCACAAUACGCGGAAAAGGUGUACUUAAGUCACAAUUUACCGGAGCCGGUGGAUUCGAACGUAUUGAAAAACGUGGAAGAAAAACCUGGGGUUCAAUCUAUUCAAGGAAAGAAAUUCACUUUCAGCGACGGCUCCACGGCUGAAGUAGACAACUUCAUAUAUUGCACCGGGUAUAAGUUCACGUAUCCCUUUAUGUCAGCUAAAGUUGAGAUGCGUACAGAUGAUAAUCACGUUGAGCCGAUAUAUAAACAUUUAGUCCACAUGGAUUACCAAAAUUUAUUCGUGAUGGGACUACCAGGUAUUGUGAUACCAUUCCCGAUGUUCCAUCUGCAGGCUCAGUACAUCCUUGCUAUUCUAGAAGGCCACGUUCGUUUACCUUCUCCAGAACAAAUGCACGUGGAAUACGAUACUGAGAAAACAGCCUUGCUUAAUCAAGGAAUACCUUUACGACAUAUCACCAAGCUGAAGGAAAGGCAAUGGGCAUAUUACGAUGAAAUUGCUGCCAGUGUGAACGUCCCAAGUAUGCCGCCAGUAAUUAGGAAAAUCUACGAUCAUUGCAAUCUGAUGCGCGAAAAAGACUUUACCACUUACAAAAAGCUACAAUAUCGUAUCAUUGACGAUGAGAAUUUUGUAGUGUGUUGUUGUAAACCUUGUUAGGGCUUAAAGGCGAAUAUUCAAAGAAAAUUGAUUUGAAAAGCGACAAUCGGAGUCGAAGUUACCAGAACUCCGUCAAUGUUACGCAUUCCAUUACAUAUGUAUAAUGAUUACUUUCAGUGUCUGCGUGCAUAGCUAUUGACGUUAGCACUGACACAUUUUGAAGAUUGUAUCUAUGCCAGCGUUCUUGUUCUCUACUUGUAUGAAACGUACAUGUUCAGAUGAAAAAUUGCGUUAACUGGUUUCAGCUGCGGAACGUGCCACAGCAAUCAACGAUUAUGAAUAAAUAUUUAUUCUAUGCGUUUCCAACAUCAUCUGGAAUGAUUUUAAAGGAAAUGAUGUUGGAAGAAUUAUGAGAAAGAAUAUAAUAUACCCACUUGCAGCUUUUCAGAACGUACGCUAUAUUUUAAAUGUUACUUCAAAUGCAAACUUCUAUGUAGAAGUAUUUUUAUAAAAUAUGCAACUAACAUUUGGAAUUAAAGUAGUGCGUCCAUCUGCGAGACAAGUGGCACUGCAUAAGAAUUAUUUAAACUUCUAUGCAAUUGAAAUUGUUAUCAAUUAUAAUGCAAAUUGUAAUGCUUAAAAAGUAAAAUAAAGUUAUAAAUAAUUA